GGAGGUGUGUGGGGUGGAUGUCGAUGUUGUUGUUAGUAGGGACGCGGUGUUGAGGCUUGGGCCGACGGGGGGUGAGUAUGUCGGGAAUCGGAGUUGGUAUGAUCCCAAUGAUAUUUAUUUUGCGUUUAAGUCGAAUGGGACCGCGCCCGUGUCUGAAGGGUACUCCAGCGCCGGACACCCCUCUACCACUGAUCUGUUUCUACCACCGACAGUGGAUCAAAUGGUCUAUUUGAGGUCGAGUUGGGAUGGAGCGAUGGCGGGGGAGGAGGUCGAGGCGUAUGAUUUCUUCGAUGAUGUGUAUUGGAAGAAUAUUUCUGUCACGUCGGACUAUGGGAAUCAAUCUUUGAGGUUCAACUCGACGCGUCCGGGGCUGAUUACGCGAUACGGCCAGAACUUCGUCGAUUUUACCUACACACCCGACAACUCCACAACCAGUACCGGAACUCCAGUCUGUCCCGCCGUUCUUUCAUUCAUCCGGCGAAUCCAGCAUAUCCGACAAAUGACACUAACCGCCUCCAUCGACCCCUCCAGCGCGAACAUCACCUUCACCGCCCUCGAUAUAUGUCCCGGGUGUUCCUACGCCUCCCCACUCACCCCCGAACGAACCUCCGACCUCGCCCUCGUCCCGGAUGGAACGCUGAAUUAUACGAUGAGGUUCGAGGGACAGCCGUUGCGGGAUUUUCCGCUAGGGGCGAGGGUGAACGUGGAGGAGGAUGGGAGGGUGAUGUUUACGAGGGGGAUUUAUUAUGGGAAGGUGGAGGAUGUUGGGGGGGUGGUGAGUACGGUGACGAAUACGGAGGUGGCUACUGCUACGAAUGUGGUUGUUAGUGGGACGAGUUCGAGUUCUGCGCGGGCUAAAGCGAGUUCUGCGGCUUCAAUGGCGUGUAGGACGUACAGUGCAGGCCGGGGGUGGUG